AUGACGAAAGACUUAAUAGGCGCUCUUCGGGCUGCUCAACCUGAAGAUGCAAAUGACCUGCCCGACACUUCCUUGCCCCUUGAUGGGUCUCAGUACAUGAAUGAUUUUUUCUCUCAAGUCGAGGAAAUUCGAAACUUGAUUGAACGGGUUCAGUCUCUUGUUGAUAAUGUAAAAAAUAAACAUAGUGACAUACUUUCUUCGCCCAAUCAAGACGAAGCCACGAAGGCUCAACUUGAAGAUGCUAUGGCUGAAAUUAAGACUAUCGCACACAAGGUGCGUGCGAAACUGAAGCAAAUGGAAAUGAACAUCGAGUAUGAUGAAAACUCUGACAGGACAUCAGCGGAUUUACGGAUAAGAAAGACUCAGUACUCCACGAUUUCUCGGAACUUUAUUGAAGUUAUGACCGACUACAACAAAGCUCAAGUUGCUUUCAGAGACGCCUGCAAGAACCGAAUAAAGCGACAGAUGGAGAUCGCUGAGAGAAAGAUUUCUAAUGAAGAAUUGGAGGAUAUGUUAGAAUCUGGAAAUCCUGCCAUUUUUACACAAGAAAUCAUGACGGAUACUCAGCAAGCAAAACAGUCUCUGGCAGAUAUUGAAGCUCGACAUCAAGACAUUAUGAAACUCGAAAAGAGUAUUAAGGAGUUACAUGAUAUGUUCAUGGAUAUGGCAAUGCUUGUUGAAAGUCAGGGUGAGAUGAUUGAUCGAAUCGAAUACAACGUAGAACAAGCAGUGGAUUAUAUUGAAAGUGCAAAGGCCGACACAAAGAAAGCUGUUAAAUAUCAGAGUUCAGCCCGGAAGAAAAUGAUUAUUAUUGGUAUUUGUGUGGCGAUCCUCAUUUGUAUUAUUGUUGGAACAAUUGUCGGUAUGGUGCCAGGAAUAUGA